CCUUUCAGGGAUAAGUCGGUCCCGCCGGUGGCGGGCAGGCAGGUAGUGUUCCUGCGGCGUUCUGGGCCCGUGGCCUCGGUCCCAGUGAGCCAGGCAUGAAGAUCACGAGGCAGAAACACGCCAAGAAGCAUCUCGGCUUCUUCCGCAAUAACUUCGGAGUCCGUGAGCCCUACCAGAUUCUGCUGGACGGCACUUUCUGUCAGGCGGCGCUGCGGGGCCGCAUUCAGCUGCGCGAGCAGCUGCCCCGCUAUCUCAUGGGGGAGACGCAGCUGUGCACCACCAGGUGUGUAUUAAAAGAGUUAGAAACAUUGGGGAAGGAAUUAUAUGGGGCAAAACUGAUUGCACAAAAAUGCCAAGUUCGAAAUUGUCCCCAUUUCAAGGAUGCAGUGAGUGGAUCAGAAUGUCUGCUUUCCAUGGUUGAAGAUGGAAAUCCUCAUCAUUAUUUUGUGGCAACACAGGAUCAGAAUUUGUCUAUGAAAGUAAAGAAAAAACCUGGAAUUCCUCUGAUGUUUAUUAUUCAGAACACUAUGGUCUUGGACAGACCUUCUCCCAAAACAAUUGCUUUUGUUAAAGCAGUAGAGUCAGGUCAGCUUGUCUCAGUGCAUGAGAAACAAAGUAUCAAGCAACUCAAAGAAGAGCAGGGUUUAGUGAAAAACCCUGAACAGGGAAGAAGAAAAAAGCGCAAGAAAAUAAGUGGCCCCAAUCCUCUUAGCUGUUUGAAGAAAAAGAAAAAAGCACAGGACACAAAAUCUGCCUCUGAAAAGAAAAAAAAGAGAAAAAGAAUCCGGAACAGAUCUACUCCAAAAGUACUUUCUGAAAAGCAGAAAGCAGAAGGAUAAUCCUUAGACAUCUUAAAAGAUAUUAAACUUUGAAAAGUAAAUUUCUCUUUAAAACUGUGGAA